UUCCUUCAGUCAGACAGUGCGGCGCUCGGAGCAGGAAGGAAGCAGCCAGCUCUCUCUGGUUAUCUCUGCAGCUCAUCCUUCGCUGCGCUGCGACCACACACUGAUCCACGGGCUGAUCCAGGACCAGUGGCACCACCUGCCUAACCCUCCAUCACCUCCACCCUCCAUCCUCCAUCCCUCCUCCCUGCCUGCCUGGACCAGGACCUCGUCUCUGCCGCCACCGCCAUCAUGUGCGACUGUUUCCACCUGGCCUUCCCCAACUGGCACGCCGCCUCCUCCGGGACGGGAGCUGGUCGGAGGCUGAGAGCACCAGAGCCCGGCACAGAGGACGAUUCAACAUGUGACGAGCCAUCUCAGUUCACAGAGAGACCGCGACCUCAGGGAUCAUCCCCUGUUGAGGAGUAUCCUGAAACUGAGAAAUACACAGACAGUGACAAAGAGUGUGAAGAGGAGCAUGACCCACACUACAAAAGUGGGAGUGGAAGGAAAACUAAGAAGUCUGGGCUUGGGUCCAUGUUUGAAAAGCGCUCCACUCCAAAGAUGAGUAAACUGAAGGAAGUCCAUAGUCCCGAGUCCGGGCUGAUCGUGAAAACAGCCAAAGACGGAUGUGCGGAGGGUCUGGUUUAUGGUGGAGGAGGGAGAGAGGGAAUCUUUAUUAAGGAAGUCGUACCAGAGUCACCUGCCUCAAAAAGUCUCAAACUCAAAGAAGGUGAUCAGAUUCUGAGCGCCACUGUGUAUUUUGACAACGUGUCAUACGAGGAUGCCAUCCAGAUCCUGGAGCACGCUCAGGCGUACAAAGUGAAGCUCUGCUUGAAACGCAAACCCAACAUCACAGAGACUGAACCAACCAUCGAGUCUGACGUCAUCCCUGAGGAAGACGUCUACGCACCAGAGAUGAGGGAGCAAGGAAAAACCAAAAGGCGUGGUGACGCCCGCAUUUCAUGGCCUAAAUUUCCCUCCUUUGGGAAAGGACAGAAGUCCCGCUUUACAAGGUCUCACAGCUCCUCAGAGGCUGAUGAGCAGCGAAAACUCGAGCUUAGCCCAACAACAAGCGACACAGAGUCACCUAUAAAAUCUCAGGAUGCUCUCAAAGGCAAGAAGAAGCAUAAAGUGAAGCUUUCUGCUCUGACAAAGAGAGGACGAAUUAGUUCAUCCGAAGACCAGGACACAGAUGCACCUACAACAACGCAGAUGAUUUCACCUGAGUGCCUUGAAAGCCCCUCAGGAGAAACACCUCAAAUCUAUGCUGAAGACUUAAGACGUGAGCAAGCCGAUCAAAAACUGACCGAACCUCAAACUGUUCAACACAAGGUGGAGCUCAUCGAUAUAGACAGCACUGUGAAAACAGCAGAUCUAACUGCGGCUCUGGCGGGUCAAGAAAGCCUGUCCGGUAUUAAAUCCCCCGACGGGAAGAAAAAGAAGAAAGAACGGUCCGAAUUAAAAUUGAAAAUUCUGGGGAAGGAUAAAUCGCACAAGAAAGAUGCAAAAGCCAAAUCAUCACCAAAGAGGCUAAAAACAUUGGGGGCAAGUAUUGAAAUAGCAGACCAACCUGGAAAUGAAAAAUCAGAUGACAUCCCAAAUUUGGAUUCACAAACACGACCACAGGGAGAUCAACUAGCACUCGAUGGCAGCACCCAAAUAAUCAGCAGUGACAGUUCAAGGAUAAUCCCCACCAAAUCAGGGACGACACAGAUGGAAACGAGUGCACCAAAGGUGGAACUUGAAAUAUCUGAUGUUCUAUUGAUACAAAAAUCUCCACAGAAAGGCAAAGACAAAGACAUGAAGCAGAAACAAGAAACAAAGAUAGGUCCAACAUUCAAACUGCCUAAAAUCGGCUUUUGCGACCUUGACACUGAGGAAAUAAUACCAAAGAAUAAUGUAAACGUUGAAGAAGGCACAACUGAGAUUGAGCAGGUUACAGCUGACGGCACAGAGGUGAAAGAAGAUCCUUAUGAGCGAUUGUCAAAAAGCAGUCGUUCCAGAACAAAACUUCCCAAACGUGAAGACAUUGAGAUUCCAGGUAUGGAGGACAAGUUUACGAAGCCCACAGCCAAAAGAAUUAAAGAGCCAAAAGCUGGUUAUACUGGAAAUUAUGAAGACAUUCAGGCUGAAACUGUACAACUGUCCAUUGAUGUUGACAGCGUGAAAGAGGCAGUUUCAAAACUGCCUGGAUUUAAGCUGCCUAAGGUUGACACGAGUGGAGUUCCUAUUCCUGAAGAAAUUACUGUGAUAGAUGCAAAUGCACAAAGAAUAUCAGUGAAAACACCCACGAAAACAAAACAUGAGACACACUUCAGUAAGUUCGAUGUAGCUGCCUCUCCAGAAAUCUCCAAGACAUCAGUCAACCUACCAAAGAUCACACCUACUGAUUUAUCUUCAGAGGAGCUUCUGAUUGAGACCCGCGUAGAUUUUAACAAACCUGAAAAGAAAUACAAAACUGAGCCAAAGCAAGGCGACGGAGAGGUUUAUAAACGAGAACAUAUCGUAAUACCUGGAAAAGAAAGUGCAUGUGAAGUCGCCAUUCUUCAGACACAAGGCACAGAGGGCAUCAAGUCCGAGUAUGAAUCUGCAGCUACAUUCAAAUCAAAGAAGAUGACAAUGCCUCGCUUUGGGAUUGCAAAACCAGACAUAAGAAUCCCUGACAUUGGAACUGACUUGCCUAAACAAACUAUCUCUGAGCAAAAAGUUGACAACGUGAAAGGAGAAAGGACGAUUUUCUUCCAAGAAGUAAAGGUGUCAAAGACUGAAACAGGGAACAAGAUGGGAAGAGUCAUAUCGGAUGUCAGGAUACCUGAAAUUGAGGGCAUUGAAUACAUUGAUUCAGUAGAUGGUUUACCAGCCAAAAAGGAUGCUGGCAUAAAGCUUACGGGUCUUGGUGAUAAUCUUCAUGCUGCAGGCCCAAAAUCUGAUCUCUCCUUUCCGGAGAUCAGGGAUGAAAUUAAAGACGCUGAAGCUGAGGAGCACAAAUUCAAACUUCCAAAAUUUGAAGCAGUGACUCCAAACAUCAGUGGGACUGUGCCUGAUGCAGGUAAGGAUAUGACUAAUGAUGGGACAGAAACAGAAAAGGAUGGGAGGUUUAAAAUACCAACUCUCAGUAUGCCAAAGGUGAUAGGACCGAAAAUAGAUUUAAGCUUGUCAAGAAAAGAUGUAGACAUCUCACUAUUGGAGGCUAAAGCUGAGACUGAACUCACAGACAUUCCUGAGGUUGACGUUUCUCUUGGAAAAAUAAAUUUGUCUCUUCCAGAGCAAAAGAUGGAGAUUGAAAAACCUGAACUGGAAAUCAAACCAUGGCAGACUGAGGGUGAACUCGAUGGGCAUGGAAGAAAGUUCAAGAUACCAAAGCUUGGAAUUAAAAUGCCCAAAUUAAAAGGGCCUGAAUUUGAUUUAAGCUUAUCAAAGAAAGAUGUUGAUGUCACACUGCCAGAGGCUAAACCUGAAAUCAAACUACCAGAAGCCCCCAAGACUGACGUUACUCUUGGAAACGUAGGUGUUUCCAUUCCAGAGCAAAAGAUGGAGAUUGAAAAACCUGAGCUGGAAAUCCAACCUCUGAGGACUGAAGGCGAACUUGAUGGACAGGGAGGAAAGUUCAAAAUACCCAAAUUUGUUGUAAAAAUUCCAAAAGUGAAAGAGCCUGAAUUUGAUUUUAGCUCAUCAAAGAAAGAUGUUAAUGUCACACUGCCGGAGGCUAAAGCUGAGAUCAAACUCCCAGAAACCCCUAAAAUUGAUGCCAGUCUUGGAAAAGCAGAGGUUUUGAUUCCAGAAGCAAAGGUGGAGGUCAGAAAACCUGAAGUGAAAGUCCAAACCUUGCAGACUAAUGUUGAACUUGAAGGACAUGGAGGCAAGUUCCAAGUGCCAAAGUUUGGAAUCUCAAUGCCAAAAGUAAAAGGACCUGAAAUUCACUUUGGCUUAUCGAAGAAAGAUGGAGAUGUGACACCGCUGGAAGCCACAGCUGAAGUAAAAUCUCCUGAAGCUCCUGAAGUUGAUGUCAGUCUGGGCAAAGCAGAUGUUUCUCUUCCAAUGGGAAAAAUUGAAGUCAAAAAGCCUGAAUUAGAAAUAAAACCUCUGCAAAGUGAAGUUGAACUUGAUGGUCAAGGAAGCAAGUUUAAAAUGUCAAAGUUGGGAGUGUCAAUGCCAAAAGUAAAAGGACCUGAAAUUCACUUUGGCUUAUCAAAGAAAGAUGGAGAUGGGACAUUGCCAGAAGCCAAAGCUGAAGUAGAUGUCCCUGGAGUUGAACUAAAAGAACCCUCUGCGAAGGUGAAAGUCAAAGCUCCUGAAAUACAUGUUGCGACAAAAGGUAUAGAAGGAUCACCAACAAAAUUUAAGAUGCCAACGUUCAAACUACCAAAAUUUGGAAUUGUAACUCCAAACAUUUCUGCAGAACCACCUGAUACGGACAAAAGUGUCAAAAUCGAUGGAGCAGAUAUUAAUAUCCCUGACGAGGGGUCUGCAGUUCACAUUACAGCACCCAGCAUUGACAUCGACGGAGCUUCCAUAGAAAUGAAAACUGAAGGAACUGAACAGGAUGGAAAAGGAAGCAAAUUUAAGAUGCCUCAUCUUGGUUUAUCCAUGCCAAAAGUGAAAGGACCUAAAAUUGAUUUGAGCCUUUCAAGGAAAGAUGCAGAUGUCACGUUACCAGAGGCCAAAACUGAUGUCCAACUUCCAGAUGUCAAUCUUGGGAAAGUAGAUGUUUCAAUUCCAGAGGCUAAAGCUGAAAUAAAACUUCCAGAAGACCAUAAACUCGCUGUGGAGAUGAAACCACCAGAAGCAGAGAUGGAUGGACAUGGUGAGAAGUUUAAAAUGCCAAAGUUUGGAAUCAAAAUGCCAAAAAUCAAAGGGCCUGAGUUUGAUUUAAACCUAUCAAAGAAAGAUGGAGAUGUCACAUUACCAGAGGCUAAAGCUGAUGCCAAAUUUCCAAAGGUGGAUCUUGGGAAAGUAGAUGUUUCAGUUCCAGAGGCUACUGUGGAGGUUAAAAAACCGGACAUGGAAAAGCAGUUCUUGCAGACUGAAGGUGAACUCGAUGGACAGGGGGGAAAGUUCAAGAUGCCAAAGCUUGGAAUUAAAAUGCCCAAAUUAAAAGGGCCUGAAUUUGAUUUAAGCUUAUCAAAGAAAGAUGUUGAUGUCACACUGCCAGAGGCUAAAGCUGAGGUCAAACUCCCAGAAGCCCCUAAAACUGAUAUUAAUCUUGGAAACGCAGAUGUUUCCAUUCCAGAGGUAAAGGCUAAUGUUGAAAAACCUGAGCUGGAAAUUAAACCUUUGCAGACUGAAGUUGAAGUUGAAGGAAGCAAGUUCAAGAUGCCAAAGUUUGGAAUGUCGAUGCCAAAAGUGAAAGGUCCUGAAUUUCAUCUAGGCUUCUCAAAGAAAGAUGGAGAUGUCACCCUACCAGAAGCCAAGGCAGAUGUCAACCUCCCUGAUGUUGAACUUAAAGACGCUCAUGCUAAAGUAGAAAUUAAAGCUCCUGAGAUUGAAAAUGUAGCUAGGGGCACAGAAGGAUCACCUUCAAAAUUCAAAAUGCCAAAUUUCAGUUUCUCUAUGCCUAAAGUCAAAGGGCCUGACAUAGAUUUAAGCCUAUCAAAGAAAGACACAGAUGUCAUAUUACCAGGGACUAAAGCGGAGAUCAAACUCCCAGAAGCCCCGAAAAUCGAUGCCAAUCUUGGACAAGCAGAAGUUUUGAUUCCGGAAGCAAAGGUGAAGGUUAGAAAACCUGAUAAUGUUGGACUUGAAGGGCAUGGAGGCAAGUUACAAGUGCGGAAGUUUGGAAUCACAAUGCCAAAAGUAAAAGGGCCUGAAAUUGAUUUAAGUUUCUCCAAAAAAGAUGUUGAUGUGACAAUUCCAGAGGCUAAAGCUGAGGUUGAACUCCCAGACGCUCCGGACAUUGGUGUUGAUAUGAAACCACCAGGGUGUGAAGUAGAAAUUGAUGGGCAAGGAAGCAAGUUUAAAAUGCCAAAGUUUGGAAUCACAGUGCCAAAGGUAAAAGGACCUGAAACUGAUUUAGGCUUCUCCAAAAAAGAUGUCGAUGUGACACUACCAGAGGCUAAAGCUGAAGUCAAACUUCCUGAUGUUGAACUGAAAGAACCGUCUGCUAAAGUGGAAAUUAGAGCUCCUGAGAUUGAAGCUCAGCUGGGUCACGUGGAAGGAUCGCCAUCAAAAUUUAAACUGCCAUCAUUUAAGUUUCCUAAAUUUGGAGCUGCCACUCCAAAUAUCAGUGCAGAGGUACCUGAAAUGGACAAAGACAUAAAAGUUGAAGGAGCUAAGUUUAAAAUUCCUAAAGAUGGAGAAACAGUUGAUAUUGCAGCACAGAAUGUUGAUAUUGAUGGCCCAUCACUUGAUGUAAAAAUGAAAGGAACUGAAGGUGAGGGGAAAGAGAGCAAGUUCAAGGUGCCAAAGUUUGGAAUAUCAUUGCCAAAGGUACAAGGGCCUGAGAUUGAUUUAAGCUUACCAAAGAAAGAUAUCAAAUUACCUGAGGCCAAGCCUGAGGUUGAACUCCCAGAAGGAUCUGCAAUUGAUGUUAACCUUGGAACAGUAGAUGUUUCAAUGCCAGAAGCAAAAAUGGAGGUUAAACACCCUGAACUAGAAAUUAAAGCCUUCCAGUCUGAAGGUGAACUUGAUGGGCAAGGGCACAAGUUAAAAAUCCCAAAGUUUGGAAUCUCAGUGCCAACAGUAAAAGGAACUGACAUUGAUUUUAGCUUAUCAAAGAAAGAUGCAGACAUCACCCUACCAGAAGCAAAAGCUGAGGUCAGUCUUCCUGAUGUUGAACUUGAAGAACCUUCUGCUAAAGUGGAAAUUAAAGCUCCUGAGAUGGAAGCUCAAUUAGGCAAUGUGAAAGGAUCACCUUCAAAAUUUAAACUGCCAACAUUCAAAUUUCCCAAAUUUGGAUCUGCCACUGCAAAUGUUAGCGCUGAAGUACCUGAUAUAGACAGAAAACUCAAAAUUGAUGGCACAGACAUGCACAUACCUGUGCCACAAACAGAUGAAGUUAAAGCAGAGGUCCAUCUGCCAGAGGUUGAAGUCACAAAGCCUUCAGGCAGUGUUGUGAUAGAUCAACAGCUGGGUGCUGAGGUAGAUGCAAAACUGAAAAAAUCCAGGUUUUCAUUGCCCAGAUUUUCUUUUUCAAAACCAAGUGUUAAUGUCCCUGAAAUGGAUGAUAGUCUUCAGGACGUGAAAGUUGCAAUUCCAGAGAGCAAAGUGGAAGUGAAAAAAGGGGAAGUGGAUAUGAACAUACCAGAAUUAGAGGCAGAAGUUGAUGGAAGCAAGUUUAGAAUGCCAAAGUUUGGCAUCUCAUUGCCCAAAGUUAAAGGACCUGAAAUCGAUCUGAGCUUAUCAAAGACAGAUGUAGAUGUGACACUACCAGAAGCCAAAGCUGAAGUUCAACUACCAGAUGUCGAGCUCAAAGACCCUGAAGUGGAAAUCAAAGCUCCUGAGAUCAAGGUAUCAGCAAAGGGUAAAGAAGGAUCACCAUCAAAAUUUAAAUUGCCAACAUUCAAACUACCCAAAUUUGGAGUUAGUACUCCAAGUGCCACUGUAGAUGUGCCCGACAAAGAUAUUAAAAUCGAAGGAGCUGACAUCAACAUUCCUGAGGAAGUUCUUACAGUUGACAUUGCAGCACCCAGUGUUGACAUUGAAGGCCCCUCAAUAGAUAUUAAAACUACAGGAAUUGAGCAUGAAGGAAAAGGAGGCAAGUUUAAACUGCCAAGUCUCGGUUUUUCUGGACCUCAAAUCAAAGGACCUGAAAUCGAUCUGAGCUUAUCCAAGAAAGAUGUAGAUGUGACACUACCAGAAGCCAAAGCUGAAGUCAAACUGCCUGAAGAUGAAAUCAAACAACCUGAAGUGGAAAUCAAAUCUCCUGAGAUCAAGGUAUCAGCAAAGGGUAAAGAAGGAUCACCAUCAAAAUUUAAGAUGCCAUCAUUCACAUUCCCCAAAUUUGGAGCUCCAAAGGUCAGUGUGGAAGUACCUGAUGUAGACACAGAUGUUCAAGUUGAUGGAGCUACAGUGGAUGUUACUGCACCCAGCAUUGACACUGAAGGUGUUUCUGUAGAUGUGAAAGCUAAAGGAAGUGACGUUGAAGGGUCAGGAAGCAAGUUUAAAAUGCCAAAGUUUGGCAUCUCAAUGCCCAAAGUUAAAGGACCUGAAAUGGAUCUGAGCUUAUCCAAGAAAGAUGUAGAUGUGACACUACCAGAAGCCAAAGCUGAAGUCAGACUGCCUGAUGUUGAAGUCAAACAACCUGAGGUGGAGCUUAAGCUGUCAGAAGGUGACGUAGAAUUAGAGGGGCAGGAAAGGAAGUUUAAAAUGCCAAAGUUUGGCAUCUCAUUGCCCAAAGUUAAGGGGCCUGAAAUGGAUCUGAGCUUAUCAAAGAAAGAUGUAGAUGUGACACUACCAGAAGCCAAAGCUGAAGUCAAACUACCUGACGUCAAAAUGAAACAACCCUCUGCCACAGUGGAAAUCAAAUCUCCUGAGACUGAAGGUCAAACUGGUGAUGUUGAUGGAUCACCGGCCAAACUUAAGAUGCCAUCAUUCACAUUCCCCAAAUUUGGAGCUCCAAAGGUCAGUGUGGAAGUACCUGAUGUAGACACAGAUGUUCAAGUUGAUGGAGCUACAGUGGAUGUUACUGCACCCAGCAUUGACACUGAAGGUGUUUCUGUAGAUGUGAAAGCUAAAGGAAGUGACGUUGAAGGGUCAGGAAGCACGUUUAAAAUGCCAAAGUUUGGCAUCUCAUUGCCCAAAGUUAAGGGGCCUGAAAUGGAUCUGAGCUUAUCCAAGAAAGAUGUAGAUGUGACACUACCAGAAGCCAAAGCUGAAGUCAAACUGCCUGAAGCUGAAGUCAAACAACCUGAAGUGGAAAUCAAAGCUCCUGAGAUCAAGGUAUCAGCAAAGGGUAAAGAAGGAUCACCAUCAAAAUUUAAGAUGCCUAUAUUCAAACUACCCAAAUUUGGAGCUCCAAAGGUCAGUGUGGAAGUACCUGAUGUAGACACAGAUGUUCAAGUUGAUGGAGCUACAGUGGAUGUUACUGCACCCAGCAUUGACACUGAAGGUGUUUCUGUAGAUGUGAAAGCUAAAGGAAGUGACGUUGAAGGGUCAGGAAGCAAGUUUAAAAUGCCAAAGUUUGGCAUCUCAAUGCCCAAAGUUAAAGGACCUGAAAUGGAUCUGAGCUUAUCCAAGAAAGAUGCAGAUGUGACACUACCAGAAGCCAAAGCUGAAGUCAGACUGCCUGAUGUUGAAGUCAAACAACCUGAGGUGGAGCUUAAGCUGCCAGAAGGUGACGUAGAAUUAGAGGGGCAGGAAAGCAAGUUUAAAAUGCCAAAGUUUGGCAUCUCAAUGCCCAAAGUUAAGGGGCCUGAAAUGGAUCUGAGCUUAUCAAAGAAAGAUGUAGAUGUGACACUACCAGAAGCCAAAACUGAAGUUCAACUACCAGAUGUCGAGGUCAAAGACCCUGAAGUGGAAAUCAAAUCUCCUGAGAUCAAGGUAUCAGCAAAGGGUAAAGAAGGAUCACCAUCAAAAUUUAAGAUGCCUACAUUCAAACUACCCAAAUUUGGAGUUAGUACUCCAAGUGCCACUGUAGAUGUGCCCAACAAAAAUGUCAAAUUCGAAGGAGCUGACAUCAACAUUCCUGAGGAAGUUCUUACAGUUGACAUUGCAGCACCCAGUGUUGACAUUGAAGGCCCCUCAAUAGAUAUUAAAACUACAGGAACUGAGCAUGAAGGAAAAGGAGGCAAGUUUAAACUGCCAAGUCUCGGUUUUUCUGGACCUCAAAUCAAAGGACCUGAAAUCGAUCUGAGCUUAUCCAAGAAAGAUGUAGAUGUGACACUACCAGAAGCCAAAGCUGAAGUCAAACUGCCUGAAGAUGAAAUCAAACAACCUGAAGUGGAAAUUAAAUCUCCUGAGAUCAAGGUAUCAGCAAAGGGUAAAGAAGGAUCACCAUCAAAAUUUAAGAUGCCAUCAUUCACAUUCCCCAAAUUUGGAGCUCCAAAGGUCAGUGUGGAAGUACCUGAUGUAGACACAGAUGUUCAAGUUGAUGGAGCUACAGUGGAUGUUACUGCACCCAGCAUUGACACUGAAGGUGUUUCUGUAGAUGUGAAAGCUAAAGGAAGUGACGUUGAAGGGUCAGGAAGCAAGUUUAAAAUGCCAAAGUUUGGCAUCUCAAUGCCCAAAGUUAAAGGACCUGAAAUGGAUCUGAGCUUAUCCAAGAAAGAUGCAGACGUGACACUACCAGAAGCCAAAGCUGAAGUCAGACUGCCUGAUGUUGAAGUCAAACAACCUGAGGUGGAGCUUAAGCUGUCAGAAGGUGACGUAGAAUUAGAGGGGCAGGAAAGGAAGUUUAAAAUGCCAAAGUUUGGCAUCUCAUUGCCCAAAGUUAAGGGGCCUGAAAUGGAUCUGAGCUUAUCAAAGAAAGAUGUAGAUGUGACACUACCAGAAGCCAAAACUGAAGUCAAACUACCUGACGUCAAAAUGAAACAACCCUCUGCCACAGUGGAAAUCAAAUCUCCUGAGACUGAAGGUCAAACUGGUGAUGUUGAUGGAUCACCGGCCAAACUUAAGAUGCCAUCAUUCACAUUCCCCAAAUUUGGAGCUCCAAAGGUCAGUGUGGAAGUACCUGAUGUAGACACAGAUGUUCAAGUUGAUGGAGCUACAGUGGAUGUUACUGCACCCAGCAUUGACACUGAAGGUGUUUCUGUAGAUGUGAAAGCUAAAGGAAGUGACGUUGAAGGGUCAGGAAGCAAGUUUAAAAUGCCAAAGUUUGGCAUCUCAAUGCCCAAAGUUAAAGGACCUGAAAUGGAUCUGAGCUUAUCCAAGAAAGAUGUAGAUGUGACACUACCAGAAGCCAAAGCUGAAGUCAGACUGCCUGAUGUUGAAGUCAAAGACCCUGAAGUGGAAAUCAAAGCUCCUGAGAUCAAGGUAUCAGCAAAGGGUAAAGAAGGAUCACCAUCAAAAUUUAAAUUGCCAACAUUCAAACUACCCAAAUUUGGAGUUAGUACUCCAAGUGCCACUGUAGAUGUGCCCGACAAAAAUGUCAAAUUCGAAGGAGCUGACAUCAACAUUCCUGAGGAAGUUCUUACAGUUGACAUUGCAGCACCCAGUGUUGACAUUGAAGGCCCCUCAAUAGAUAUUAAAACUACAGGAACUGAGCAUGAAGGAAAAGGAGGCAAGUUUAAACUGCCAAGUCUCGGUUUUUCUGGACCUCAAAUCAAAGGACCUGAAAUCGAUCUGAGCUCAUCAAAGAAAAAUGUAGAUGUGACACUACCAGAAGCCAAAGCUGAAGUCAAACUGCCUGAAGUGGAAAUCAAAUCUCCUGAGAUCAAGGUAUCAGCAAAGGGUAAAGAAGGAUCACCAUCAAAAUUUAAGAUGCCAUCAUUCACAUUCCCCAAAUUUGGAGCUCCAAAUGUCAGUGUGGAAGUACCUGAUGUAGACACAGAUGUUCAAGUUGAUGGAGCUACAGUGGAUGUUACUGCACCCAGCAUUGACACUGAAGGUGUUUCUGUAGAUGUGAAAGCUAAAGGAAGUGACAUUGAAGGGUUAGGAAGCACGUUUAAAAUGCCAAAGUUUGGCAUCUCAAUGCCCAAAGUUAAAGGACCUGAAAUGGAUCUGAGCUUAUCCAAGAAAGAUGCAGACGUGACACUACCAGAAGCCAAAGCUGAAGUCAGACUGCCUGAUGUUGAAGUCAAACAACCUGAGGUGGAGCUUAAGCUGUCAGAAGGUGACGUAGAAUUAGAGGGGCAGGAAAGGAAGUUUAAAAUGCCAAAGUUUGGCAUCUCAUUGCCCAAAGUUAAGGGGCCUGAAAUGGAUCUGAGCUUAUCAAAGAAAGGUGUAGAUGUGACACUACCAGAAGCCAAAACUGAAGUCAAACUGCCUGACGUCAAAAUGAAACAACCCUCUGCCACAGUGGAAAUCAAAUCUCCUGAGACUGAAGGUCAAACUGGUGAUGUUGAUGGAUCACCGGCCAAACUUAAGAUGCCAUCAUUCACAUUCCCCAAAUUUGGAGCUCCAAAGGUCAGUGUGGAAGUACCUGAUGUAGACACAGAUGUUCAAGUUGAUGGAGCUACAGUGGAUGUUACUGCACCCAGCAUUGACACUGAAGGUGUUUCUGUAGAUGUGAAAGCUAAAGGAAGUGACGUUGAAGGGUCAGGAAGCAAGUUUAAAAUGCCAAAGUUUGGCAUCUCAAUGCCCAAAGUUAAAGGACCUGAAAUGGAUCUGAGCUUAUCCAAGAAAGAUGCAGACGUGACACUACCAGAAGCCAAAGCUGAAGUCAGACUGCCUGAAGUCGAAGUCAAACAACCUGAAGGUGCCAUUUCAGUACCAGAUGCACCAACUACUGAGGUUGAGGCCAAGUUGAAACGACCGAACUGGACAUUUCCAAAGUUUUCAUUUUCACGGACAGGCAGUAAAGCCCCUGAUGUUGAUGUGAACUUUGAAUCACCCAAAGUUGAUGUGACAUCACCAGGGGCCAAAGCAGAAGUCCACGGACCUUCAGGGUCCAUUUCAGUGGAAGAACCUCAUUCUGCUGAACUCGAUGCAAACCUGAAAAAAACUACAUUUUCUCUACCAGGAUUUUCUUUGUCAAAGUCAAAUGUUAAAGAAGGUGCAGUCAGUGCACAGGUGGAUGUUUCUCUUCCAGAGGGAGAAGUGAUAGUCAAACAACCUGAAAUGAAAAUGAAAGCUCCUGAGUUUGAAGCUGAACAUGAUGAACAAGGAAGCAAGUUUAAAUUGCCAAAGUUUGGCAUCGCAUUACCAAAAACAAAAGGACCUGAAGAAGAGUUAAGUGCAUCGCAAAGAGAUGUAGGCAUCACACUGCCAGAUGUUAAAGCCGAGGUCAAACUCCCUGAAGUCAAACAAUCUUCAGCAAGUGUGGAAAUUAAAGCUUCUGAGAGUGAAGCCAAGUCAAAAGAUGUUGGAGGAUCACCGUCAAAGUUUAAAAUGCCCACAGUGAAAAUGCCCAAAUUUGGAGGUGCUGUCUAUGAUGUCACCGUAGAAGCACCUGCCGCUGACAAAGCAACGGAAACUAAAGGAGCUAAACUGAAGGAGGAUGUCACUGUCACCAUCAAAGGUCCAAGUGUUGACAUUAAGACAGAUGUGUCCAAAGCUGCUGCAGCAGAUUCUGAAGCACCAAAGACUGAAACCGACAGCGCAGGCCUUGCCUCUCCAAGUAAAUUCAAAUUACCAACAUUUAAGAUGCCAAAGCUGAGUUUCUCCAGAGCCGCCCCUGAGGCCGAACAUGUCCCUGUGGAUGAACAUGUCCCUGAGGACGAACAUGUCCCCGUGGACACUGACAGCAAAGAUCAGCUGAAAAAGGAGGCUGAGUCAAAAGCAGAGACUAAAUCACCAAAACAGGCUUUGACAUCAUUUGGUGAGAUCCUCAAGAAUAUUGAUGUUGAAUUUGAUGUCCCAAAACCAGAAGAAAGUCUUGAAACCUCAAAGGACGUUCAUGACACAGAUGAACCCAGUGGAAAAAAGUCUGAGACAAAGAAAGAGGAGACAAAGCAAGAUACUGUCAAAAGUCCUGAGAGGACAGGCUGGUUUAAAUUCCCCCGGUUUGGACUGUCCUCGCCAUCAGAACCUGCUAAGACACCUGAAAAAGACGAGCACAAGGACAAGAAGAGUCCAGCAGGAGAAUCAGUGGAUGAGGAAAUAAGUCAAACCUGUUCUGUCCAGUCAUCUGAUGCCUUCGCUGACAUUAGCUCUGCAAUGACGAGUGAGCAUGCUGGCCUGUCCUUAUCUUCUCCAACCAAAGUCACGGUCAAAUACUCGGACCCUGAUGCUGCCACAGUGCUUGGAGAGAUGCACAGUAACAUCAUUACUUCCACCACAAGGACUGAGCUUGUCUCCGUUGAGCCCAACCUGCCUGAGAAAAUCACCAUUCUGUCAUCCGGAGUUUCAUCUUCAUCCGAGGACACCCUCAGACUGGAAUCUGGAAAAAUACAUGUCAUUACAUCAAACAUACAGGCGACGCCAGAAGCACAGCAUGCCAAGCUGCUGACUGCUCUCCAGGUCCAAUCAGCUGGAGCCCUUCCCCUCCAGUCAGAUGCUGAUGAAGCGGCAGCGUGGACCGUCGAGGAUUCACAUGGCGGCAAGCGGACGGUCCUUGAAAGGCGUUUAGUCCGGGAAACAUCAAGUGGAAGAAGUGAAAGCAAAGAAACAAUUGUUAUAACAAAACAGAUCACACGUUCCUUGGAGCCCAUCUCAGGUGAGACGGCGUCAUCCGUUCAGCGACUACGAGACUCUGUGCACUUGGAGAAAAUGAGGUUCUUCGACGGAGUCAACAAGUGAAAUAACUCAAUAUAAACUGUGUUUAUUGACCGGUAUCAGGGGCCGGUGGGUUUCUGACUGAUGGAGAGCUUAGACAGAAAACAGAUCAUUAACGAAUCACAGUAAAGAUUGAGUCUGUGUUCACCUCUGGUUGCAUGUUGUUGAUCUGUAAUGAGACGGAUUGAUGUAAAUCACACUGACCAUGUGAUGAAGGUGUUAAUAAGCUGUGUAACUGAGUGCUCUUACUGCAGAUAAUGAACCAAAUAUCCUGCUUCUUAUGGUACUGAGCUAAAAUAAGCCAUGACUUUUACUCUAAUAUCUUUUUAUAAAGUCUGACACUGAUCCGACUUCCUGUGCUCUUAUUUAUCGGACAAUAAUCACCAGUGCAUUUGAUUUAAGAAAGUUUGAUCUGAGCUGAAAAUCAAUCGAUGUUACUGACAUUCCAAAAUGUGUUUACAGUAAUUUCACAGCGCCUUCGUUCGGCGCAGUCUACAACAGAUAAUGUAUCACCAGAUAUUCUUGUUGCUGUAGCUGAAGAAACAAACAUAGCAAUGCAAAGCUGAAAUGAAACGCUCCUGAUGACGUGUGCUGCUGCUGCAUCUAUAUUUGUAUUAAUAUUUUUGCUUAAAACCUCAUUUGCUACAAUAAAAAUAUAUGGACAGUAGGAUGCCUUUCAGUAUCUCUGUAUAAAGAGGAAUAUUAAUAAACUGGCUGUGUAAAUAGCUGUUAGCGACCUCUGGGUUUUAUUUGAUGAUUGAUGCUGCCUGUUGGCAGAG